AAUUAGAUUAAAUCUCAUCUUCAGCUUUAUCUUAAUGAUAUUAUUCAAUGUUUUGGAAUUACUCAAGAUCCAAAUAAUAAAGAGUAUAUGAUGGUUAUAAAAUAUUGUGAUGGAAAUUUGAGAAAUUAUUUAAAUAAAUCUGAAAAUUAUAUAAAUUAUGAAUCAAAAAUUAAUGACUUACGACAAAUUGCAAGAGGACUUUUAGAUAUUCAUAAUGCUGAAAAAGUUCACAAAGAUUUUCAUUCAGGUAAUAUAUUAUUUUAUGGUUCUCCAUAUAUAAGCGAUUUAGGAAUGUGUCAACCAGCAAAUAUGAAGCAAACAGUUAAAGUAGAAGGAAUUUAUGGAGUAUUACCAUAUAUGGCACCAGAAGUUUUACGUGGACAACAAUAUACAAAAGCAGCUGAUAUUUACUCAUUUGGAAUAAUAAUGAACGAAUUUCUUUCUGAAGAAAUUCCUUUUAAUGAUAUUCUUUAUGUUGAAUUUUUAUCUAUUAAAAUAUGUAAGGGACUUAGACCAACAAUUUCUAAAGACAUAGUACCAAAGUUACUUGCAGAUUUGAUAAUAAAAUGUUGGGAUGCUGAAAUAAAAAAUAGAACAACCACUAAAGAGUUGUAUCAAAUACUAAAUGAAUGGAAUGAUGAAAUUAGAAGUAAUAGUCAAAAUAGUGAAAUUUAUCAUCAAACAAAUGAAUGUGAUAAAAUUAGAGAAGAAAAAUUCAAAAACAGAUCAAAUGAAGAUAAAUCCAAAAGCUUCAAAACGCAUCCACAAGCAAUUUAUACUAGUAGACUUUUAAAUUUCAAAAGUCUUCCAAAACCAGUAAAUUCAUCACACUAGUUAUACUACUCAAUCAACAUCAGCAA